AUGGCCCCCUCCGAGUUACCCCCACCUCCCUUCCAAACCGCUCUCUUAGCCGGCGCCGUCGCCGGCACAACGGUCGACCUCUCCCUCUUUCCUCUCGACACCCUGAAAACCCGUCUGCAAUCUGCCGAAGGCUUCUUCGCUUCCGGCGGCUUCCGUGGCAUCUACCGUGGGAUCGGCUCGGUCGUAGUCGGCAGCGCACCGGGCGCAGCCUUCUUCUUCUGCACAUACGAAACAACUAAGGGGCUCAUGCUCUCCUACUCGACCUCAGGAGAGGACGAAUACACCCGGAAAAAGCAUGCCGCCAUCACGCACAUGGUCGCAGCCUCAGCAGGCGAGAUCGCAGCGUGUGCGGUGCGCGUGCCGACGGAGGUGGUCAAGCAGCGGGCACAGGCCGGGCAGCAUGGGGGACGGUCGUGGGACGCACUGUCACACAUUCUGCGGGGCAAUGGGGAUAGAAAGAGUGUUGGAGUCGUCAAGAGGGCGUGUACCAUCUGGCGGGAGCUGUACCGCGGGUGGGGGAUCACGGUGAUGCGGGAGGUGCCGUUCACGGUGCUGCAGUUCCCACUGUGGGAGGCGCUGAAGGCCUGGGGGCGGGAGCGCAAGGCGCGCACGGGGAGAGGGCUGCUUGGGGAGGGGGCAGGUUCUUCGCAGAAGCGUGACGUCGAUGGGAGGAUGAUCGAAGAGGAGGUCAGCGCGCCGGAGUCGGCGCUUUAUGGCAGCUUAGCGGGUGGGUUUGCGGCGGCGGCGACGACACCGCUGGAUGUGCUUAAGACUCGGGUCAUGCUGAGUAAGGAGCGAGAGAGUAUCACCAGCAUCGUGAGGAGCAUCUGGCGGGAGGGUGGGGUGAGGUCUUUCUUUGCGGGUAUUGGACCCCGUGUGAUGUGGAUUAGCGCUGGCGGCGCCAUCUUCUUGGGGAGCUACCAGUGGGCAGUUAAUAUGUUGGAUCGGAGGGACAAGGGAACAGUCUAA